GGUCUGUUCGUUAAUUAAACGUCCGCCAUACAAACAUCAUUCCUGUGUCUUCUCCAAGGUUCUGGAGCACGUCCAUGGCGUCCAAGCUCUCCCUCGCUCCUACUCUUGAUCGUCUCGUUGCAAGGAAAUCUUUCAACAAAUGCUGGCAAACAGUUCCCCGGUUUUCGAUUGUUCCUUUGAGCUUUCCUGCUUUUGAGUGUUCAUUUAGAGGAAGAGUUCCACUGACAUCAUACGUGUCAUGUUCCGGCGCUGUAAGCGAACAAGUUGCUGAAUCUAUGACCUCCGAGUCAACACAGGAUGAAACGACCACUUCACCAUCCUCUUCCUCGAAGCUUGUUCUUGUCGUCGGAGGAACCGGUGGCGUUGGGCAAUUAGUUGUAGCAUCACUGCUUAAUCGGAACAUUAAAUCAAGGCUUAUACUGCGGAAUCCUGAGAAAGCUGCAGCUCUUUUUGGUGAACAAGAUGAUAAAAAAUUACAGGUGUGGCAAGGUGACACUCGGAACCCUGGGGAUUUGGAUUCUUCUAUGUUUGAGGGGGUAACACAUGUUAUUUGCUGCACUGGAACAACGGCCUUUCCUUCCAGGAGAUGGGAUGGAGAUAAUACACCUGAAAGAGUAGACUGGGAAGGUGUGAGAAACCUUGUACUAGCAUUGCCGUCAUCGGUGAAAAGAAUUGUUCUUGUCUCUUCAAUAGGAGUCACCAAGUUCAAUGAACUUCCAUGGAGCAUCAUGAAUCUUUUCGGUGUUCUGAAGUAUAAGAAAAUGGGGGAGGACUUUGUUCGUAAUUCUGGCCUUCCAUACACAAUUAUCAGACCCGGCAGGUUAACAGAUGGACCAUACACAUCUUAUGACCUUAAUACUUUACUACAGGCUACGGCUGGGGAGCGCCGAGCUGUGCUUGUUGGUCAAGGAGACAAACUUGUUGGAGAGGUAAGCAGGCUAGUAGUGGCUGAAGCCUGCAUACAGGCAAUGGACAUCGAUUUUACUGAAAACCAAAUCUAUGAAAUCAACUCGGUGAAGGGAGAUGGACCUGGGAAAGAUCCACAAAAAUGGCAAGAAUUAUUCGAAGCUGCACAUAGGCCCUCCUGAUCUCUAAAGUCAUGAUACAAAUUGAAACAUGUAAGCAUUUUGAGUUUUUUUUUUUUUUUUUUUUUUUUUUUUCUUUUGAAUGUUAUGUCUUUUGGUAUAGAAAAGGGCUUGUCUUUACUGUACAUGCAGAUUUUAUUAUAAUGAGAAAAAUCAGUCCAUUGAUUGGUGUGAAAA